GAAAAACAAUUCCUUAUUUGUUAUUUUAUCUCAAUUUCUGGUUUUCAAAAUGGAAGGCGAGCUACCUACCCUCAGUCAACGGUCCCGAUGUCUCUCCCUCCAGAUCUAACGGUCCUCUCUCUUUCCUUACCUGUCCUCUUGCGUGGACGAGAAGAUCCGAAGAUCUCACUCUCUCUCUCCCCGUCAAUCUCCCUCUAUACAAAUCAGUAAUCACAGACAGGCGGAGGGUCCAACCAAAACUCUCACACCUCACCUCACCUCUCUCGCUACCUGAGCCAUGUCAGCUUCAUCAUCGCUCAACGUCUCUCAAGCCGUCGCAGGUCGAACAAUCCCACGUCAUGGCUCGAUCGCUUCGCCCUCCGAUCGGGUCUCUCUGUCCGCUGCUACUAUCCCCACCUUCUCUGGACUUAAAUCUUCCACAUCCAAAUCAUCCUCCUCACCCGGCGCAGCUCCCGCUCCUCGCUCCGCCGCUUCUCGCCGUCGGCUGGGUUUGGUCAGAGCCUCCGCCGCUGUGGAGACCCUAGACGCGACCACUGAGACCACCCUCGUGGAGAAGUCCAUUAACACGAUCCGAUUCCUGGCGGUGGAUGCUGUGGAGAAGGCGAAUUCGGGUCACCCGGGUCUGCCCAUGGGCUGCGCUCCGAUGGGUCACAUCUUGUACGACGAGAUCAUGAGGUACAACCCUAAGAACCCUUAUUGGUUCAAUCGUGAUCGGUUCGUUUUGUCCGCUGGACAUGGGUGUAUGCUUCAGUACGCCUUGCUUCAUCUUGCUGGCUACGACAGUAUCAAGGAUGAAGACUUGAAGGCUUUUCGCCAGUGGGGUAGCAGAACACCUGGACACCCGGAGAACUUUGAGACACCUGGUGUUGAAGUCACUACUGGUCCUCUUGGUCAGGGUAUUGCCAAUGCUGUUGGCUUGGCCCUUGCGGAAAAGCAUUUGGCUGCUCGUUACAAUAAACCAGGCUCUGAGAUUGUUGAUCACUACACAUAUGCUAUACUAGGGGAUGGUUGUCAAAUGGAAGGAGUUGCAAAUGAAGCUUGUUCUCUUGCUGGGCAUUGGGGACUUGGAAAGUUGAUUGCUUUCUAUGACGACAAUCACAUCUCCAUUGAUGGAAACACAGAGAUUGCCUUCACUGAGACUGUAGAGACUCGUUUUGAGGGUCUUGGCUGGCAUGUUAUCUGGGUAAAGAAUGGGAAUACUGGUUAUGAUGAUAUUCGCGCUGCCAUCAAGGAAGCAAAAGCUGUCAAAGACAAACCCACAUUGAUCAAGGUAACAACAACAAUUGGUUAUGGGUCCCCAAACAAGGCAAACUCAUAUAGCGUGCAUGGUAGUGCACUAGGUGCUAAGGAGGUUGAUGCCACAAGGAAAAACCUUGGAUGGCCGUUUGAGCCUUUUCAUGUGCCCGAGGAUGUUAGAAAGCAUUGGAGCCGCCAUGUCCCUGAGGGUGCUGCGCUUGAAGCUGAGUGGAAUGCCAAGUUUGCUGAGUAUGAGAAGGAGUACAAGGAAGAAGCGGCUGAGUUAAAAUCUCUCAUUGCUGGUGAUUUACCCACUGGCUGGGAGAAAGCACUGCCAGCAUACACUCCAGAGAGUACAGCUGAUGCUACCAGAAAUCUGUCUCAACAAUGCCUCAAUGCCCUAGCAAAAGUCCUCCCUGGUCUUCUUGGUGGCAGUGCAGAUCUUGCUUCCUCCAACAUGACCUUGCUGAAAAUGUUUGGGGACUUCCAAAAGGACACCCCAGAAGAGCGCAAUGUCAGGUUUGGUGUCAGGGAGCAUGGGAUGGGAUCCAUCUGCAAUGGGAUAGUUCACCACAGUCCUGGCCUCAUUCCAUACUGUGCUACAUUCUUUGUUUUUACGGACUACAUGAGAGCUGCUAUUCGUAUAUCUGCCUUGUCUCAAGCUGGAGUUAUCUAUGUUAUGACUCAUGAUUCAAUUGGGCUUGGAGAAGAUGGGCCAACCCAUCAGCCAAUUGAGCAUUUGGCUAGUUUCCGGGCUAUGCCCAACAUUUUGAUGCUUCGUCCAGCUGAUGGUAAAGAAACGGCUGGUGCAUACAAGGUUGCAGUUCUCAACAGGAAGAGACCUUCAAUCCUUGCCCUUUCCCGGCAAAAGCUGCCCCAGCUUUCGGGAACUUCUAUUGAAGGUGUUGAAAAGGGCGGGUACAUAAUCUCAGACAAUUCUUCAGGCAACAAGCCAGAUGUAAUUUUGAUUGGAACUGGUUCAGAAUUGGAAAUUGCUGUCAAAGCUGCUGACGAACUCCGAAAGGAAGGCAAGGCUGUAAGAGUUGUCUCUUUUGUUUCUUGGGAGCUUUUUGAUGAGCAAUCUGAUGCUUACAAAGAAAGUGUCCUGCCAGUGGCUGUAUCAGCUAGGGUCAGUGUUGAAGCUGGAUCAACAUUUGGGUGGGAGAAGAUUGUUGGAAGCAAAGGGAAGGCAAUUGGGAUCAACCAGUUUGGAGCGAGUGCACCAGCAGGAAGAGCAUACAAGGAGUUCGGUCUCACAGUGGAGGCUGUUAUAGCAGCAGCUAAAUCUGUUUGCUAAUCCCAUCACUGGUGGUCAAUGCAACUCAAGUGUAACUUGAGAUUUUGGUUUUGAAUUUGGAGAAGACAGUGGAGAGACCAUGCCUGAGAUUUGGGUCAUCACCAGGCUUCGAAAAUCACAAUAAAAGGGAAAAAGGAAAUUCUUUUCAUGCAUUUAUAUUAUUUGUUGGAGCCAGCUGAAUCUGCAAACUGAAUUGAGGUCAGAAGAGGGAUUACAGUUGAUUAAUGUCCUUGAAUUUGUACCAACUCUUCAGACUAGUAUUGAGUUUUUUUGUUUUACGUGUUUGAUUUGUAGCGAGGUUUUGUUUUAUCCUUUCAGUUAAUUUGGAGCUAUUGGGAUGAGGUGAUUUCUAAUCCCAACAUAAAUGUUUGUGAUCAGAGUUGGUUGCUCCAAUACGGGAUUCUUAAAUGAAGGCCUAUUCCUUACCCAUCUGAGGGAGAUUUCUUCUCCUCCGAAUGAAUAAAUUCUGGUGCUGCUAGUGUGUCAAAAA